GAAAGGUAAAAAAAAUUGACGGUACACAAUUGCCCCUAGGGAUUACACUGCAGCCUGUUUUACCACUGUGUCUGCAAUGCUCUCUCUCAAUACUGCACCAAUUUCUAAAACUGCUGGCUCCAUCAGUCACUAAGACACAAAAGUAUGGAAAAAUAGGGCUCAGUGUUCAAAAAUACUUAAGUUUUCCUUUAAUGUCCAGUCAAGUUCUAUUAGACUUAUAAUUAGUAUAAAGUUGCAUAAUGUUCUUCAGAAAUAUCAGUUAUUUUUAUUUUCAUGUAAAAAUGUUGCAUCAGUGCUUUUAUUAUGCUGACUAGAUCAUAUGGCUAUGAUUGUGGUUUGAUGACAUUAUAGUUAAACUGACAGUAUUUUUUAAUUUUAAUUUGUUUCACCUUCAGAGGAAUGCAACGUUUUCACUAUGACAGGUAUGAAGUUGGCUAAAGUGCUGUCUUGACAGUCGUCAUGAAUGAGAAGUAAAUCAGCAGGCAGGGGCAGAUUACCUCAAGGAGGCCGAUUUUAUAUUCAUUUACAAAGACAAACCAGUGCCACUGGUAUUGGCGGAGAGUGAUUAUCUUGUCGUUCGUGUCGGCUCUUUCUCCUCGUCACGGCACAUAUUAAAAGCUCAGUCGGUACUGAUGGGGUUGCCUCUUACAGUAAGGGGUAAGAAUGUGAGGGAUAGCUGUAGAAAGUCAUGUCGUGAUAUGGGACUACAAAACUUCCCCCAUUAAGUCCUUUGUUGGUUUUGGUUGUGCACUUGUCAUUAGAGGCAAACUAAUCGAACCCGUGGGAUCGGGGGUAUGCAAGCUAUUAUUCACAAUAUAAUGGAUGUCCCAUGAGAGGAGGCUGCGGAAAACUCACUUCAGAAAGAGGAAGUUCGUGUCUGACUCCUGACACUAAGUGAAACUCGGGUAGCCUAAAUCGAGACUCCUUAACAUUGCAGUGGUUUUCAACGUGGGCGACACCGCGCUGAUAAAUGGAGAUGUAGGAUGGGAGCCGGCGGCUGAUCCGUGAAUAGCCUAAACCAGCUGCAUGGAGGAAGAGGGCUGCUGCUACUGCGGAGGGGAGGCAGGACUACACCGGCCAAAAGCUUUUCAAUUUCUCCGCCAGACAGAGACACGACCACGGCGAACGGCUCAGUUUUUCGUCGUGGCGCUCCUUCUACUGAUUUCUGUGGCUCUGGCUAUGCUGAUAGUGAUCACGGUGGUGCUCGGAGGGCGAGAUCAUCAGUCACCGGACAGCCAGCUGUUGACGCAAUCUGAGAGGCUUUCAUCAGGUGACAGACAGCAGCAACCCAAAGACUUCAAGAAUCCAAGUGCAAUGCUAACAGCUCCUAAAGGCAACAACACUGUUGGGGAAUAUCUUGCAUGGGAGAGUGACGAAGGGAAUGCCUUCUGUCAUGGAGGGUUCAGCUACUCCAGCGGGAACCUCGUUGUGCCCAGGAAGGGCAUCUACAGAGUCUUCUUGCAGAUCACCUAUGAGGGCGCGGGUUUGAGUGAUGAGCUGAGACUCAGCAACACAGUGUUUGUUAUCGGGGAUAAUUACAAAAACAAUGUGCAACUCCUGUCAUCAGUCGAGACAGUGAGUUGCAGCAUGAAGCAGUGGAGGAAAUCCCUCUAUACAGCCGGCUUGUUCUCCCUGGAGGCUAACAGCAGACUACGCGUGACAUCAUUGUACCCUGAACUUAUUGUUCUUGAGAAAGAAUCCCAGGUGUUUUUCGGUGCCGACCUUGUGUCUUAGUAAUCCGGUCAGAAUUACCUCAGUCUGAUCUUGAAGUUGUUUGCACCUUCAACUCCUUAGGAACAUAAGGGAAAAUACCAGUGUAGCUUUAUGAUUUCUUUUACUAUUACUGUUCAUGAGAACCCACUGAUGACUCUGCAGCAGCAAGAAGCUACCAGUAUCUGCUUCGCUGUAGGUUGUUUGCUUUACCUUAUUGAAGCUAACCCUGCCUUAUUUUUAACUCAUUAAUAUCAUCUUACAGAGACUUACAGUAACGAUGGCUUAACGAUGCCUCAACACUGUUCUAUAGAGCAGAUACAUUUUCUGAACAGCAUCCUUAAUAUUUGUAACUGCACAUGCUUCUGGCAAAAUAGGCACUGUCAGCUGUAUUGAAUAUAUCCUAUCCACUUAAGCCAAUGUUGGGGGUCGCGGGGGGGCUGGAGCCUAUCCCAGUUGAAAUUGGGCAAGAGGGGGGGUACGCCCUGGACAGGUCACCAGACUAUCAUAGGGCUGACACAUAGAGACAGACAACUAUUCAAGCUUACAUUUACACCUAGAGGCAAUUUAGAGCCACCAAUUAAUCUGCAUGUCUUUGGACUGUGGGAGAAAGCCAGAGAACCUGGAGAAAACCCACGGGGAGAACAUGCAAAGUCCACACAGAAGGGCUCCCCCAGCUCAGGAUUCAAACCCCCCACCCUGGGUCCUAACUGUACCACCAUGCCGCCACUACUACCAACCAGACUGAGCUAAAUGUGAGGCUUCAACAAUAGUGUUGAACAAAAAGGGACUGUUCAUGUAAACGGUAGUUUUCAUCGUCUACCUACAAAGAGGAAUAGAUUGCCACCCUUACUGUACAACGUUAAUACUGUAGUGUCAGGUUUUAAAAAAUAUAAUACACUGUUUCGUAUUUUUGCACACACCCUACUUUAAUGCAUACACUACAUUUUCACAUGCUUGGAAUGACAUAAAAAUGAUAAGAGAUAUAUAAUCAGAAUGUGCCUAAGAGAAUGAUGGCUACAAUGACAGGUCUGUCAUCAAACUUCAGGGCAAUAUCCCUAUCUGACAUUACUCUCAAUCUUCAUUAGUAAAUUACCUGUCAUUAAAAACAAACUUAGCAACAUAUCUUCAAUUAUGUGUUUAGUCAUGUAGGCUGAGAAUGUUUUACUGAUUUUACUGUUAACCUUCUUUCAUAUCAUAUACAAUGAAUGCCUGAAGUUAUUUAUUUUACUACUACUUUAUAUAACUAAUAUUAGUGAAGUCUGCUGCUGAAUUUGGGGUCAUGUUUCAGUCAGUAGAACUCUGAUUUAAUAAGUCAGCAGGUAUAAAAAGGUGUAGACUGUGUUGUUAAGGCAGACGAGCUGAGCAAUAGCUGGGACACAUCAGGUUUAUUCAUUUCACUGUUGAAUGUUCGCAGAAUGUGUUGGUGUCUGUUUAUGAGUCUUAAGAAAUCAUAAAUAAUCUUUUAGUAGUAGUUGUUCUUCAUCAAUAAAAAAAUUCCAGCUUCUCAUA